AUGAUAGCUAUAAUUCAACAUUUAUAUCCACUUUAUACGUUGGAGAUACAACCCACGAACACUCAUCUGGAAUUAAAUACACAUGCUCAGCAAGCUAUUGACCGAUUACCAUUCAUAUACGACGCCAAGACAUAUAAAGAUUUUUUGGAUGUUUGGGGUACACACGUUAUUCUGGAGACUACAGUUGGUGGUAUGCAUGAAAAGCAAAUACUUGUCAAGGAUUGUAUUUUGCAAUCUAAUUAUUUUACGGAUGGCUUGAGUGAGACAGAAUUGGAGCUUCGAUUAAAAACGGAUAUACUUUCACCAACUUCUGUGAAUGAUAAUUACUAUGAAAAUCGACGUAGAAUAAUAGUGGAUCAUCGUAUUGGCGGUGACCCAAGCGUCAAUAAUACUGAUCAAUGGAAACAAUCACUCGAUGAUAAGCCAGCUCUAUUAAAAAUUAACAAAUACAUUUCAUGGCCUGAUCUAAUUAAUAAUUCAACAAUUAAAGCAAACUUGCAAAUUGCAAUCACAUAUCGAAUCAAAUCAGCAGCAGAUGUUCGAACAGAUGAAAUCGAUCAAGUAGAACAACAGAAAUUAGCUGAACUUUUCGUGCAACGAUCAGCACAAGGUGUUAUUGGUCACGGAUCUCGUGGUCCGGUUCCUCCAUAUUGGGAGAUCAUAAAAGAAUUCAUAUUGCAGAAUGAACAGCGAUGUCCAGAAGUUCGACGGUAA